AUGGCGCAGAAAACCGACGCCUCCCCCGCAGGCGAGGAACCCCUCAACAUGAAGCACUUCGAGCCCAAGAUCGGCAUGAUGGCUCCCCGUCCCAGCGCCCAGCAAUGGCGCCGCGAAUGCGUCAAAAAGGUCCUGAAAGCCUACGGCAAAAUCAAAUCCUCAAUGUCCCCGUCGACCCGCCAGGAACUCUACACGUACAUCCGUCGCGGCGAAUGGAUCAGAAGCGCCCGCAACCCGUCCAACUACGCCCUGUACCGCAGCCUCAAAGGUCAGAUACCUACCCGUGGACAUGGACGGUUGUAUUAUCCUCAUCUGUUUGUCUGUCAUGCCAUCUGGGGACCUGAAGAUUGGGUUGUCAGACUUCUCUAUGAGUUCUCGACUCACUGGGGUGUUCUCUUCAACAUGGACAAGCUCACGUACCCCAAGAUUGACGAUCCCAACAAGGAGUAUCUCCUCUUCCUCGGCAAGACUCCCGUCAAGUCUGAAGGCGAGAGUCAGGCGUCCAUGUCUCGCAGCACUCAUGCGAUGGGAUUGGCUCCAAGACAUGAUCGAGGUCCCCUUCCAUUGAAGCCCACUGGAGGCGCAGGCGCUCCCUCUGGCAAACAACCUCCGAAGCCAGCCCAGAACGCCCAGGCAACUGGCCAAGUCGCCACACCAGCUCCACCACGACAGAACGAGGAUGAAAUCAAACAAGAGGCCAGUCGCGUCGAUGCCGUCAACCUGCCCCGUGUUGUCCAAGGAGCAGUCAGACCCGAGAGCGUCAACACAAACCAGGCUCAGGCCCAGCCCCAACCCUGCCCAACGAUGCAGGGAACUGCGUGA